UAUCGAUAAGUCACUGAUUGAUCAGUGGGGGUUCAGCACCUGCCGCUGUUAACUCCGGCUUGUGGUGUUCGUGACGCAGUCGAACUGCUCUUCUCCCGCGAAGCUCGAGCUCCUGGAAACAGGGACACUCAAAGCUCCCCGCGACGACCAAUUCACCCUCAUGCCAUCAUGGCGUACGUCGCGCCUGUUCACAGGGCGACGAGCCCGCGUCACGCCCUUCGAAUGCACUUGAAAUCCCCCGACGAGGAGGAUCUCAUCAUCGCAAAAGCGAACCGAAUCGAAGUUUGGCGAUAUACAGAAGAUGGUCUGCUAUGUACCGACACGCGAGUCAUCUAUGGCACAAUCGUAAUGCUACAGAGACUACAGCCCAAAGAUGCCCCCGAGCUAUUGUUCGUCGGUACCGACCGCCAGCAGUACUUCACGGUGCUCUGGAACCACCAAACCAGAAGACUGGAUACGGUCAAGGAGAACGGACUCGUCGAUGACUCGGAACCAUAUAUGCGACACUCGCUGAGCCAGAACCAGUGUCUGGUAGACCCUACCGGCCGAUUCAUGGUGAUGCAUCUCUGGGAAGGCGUGCUGAAUCCCUUUCGGCUGAGGACUCGCGCCCCCGAAAAGCUCAAGCUGGACAUGCAGGAGCAAGUACGUCUGACUGAACUCUGGAUCAAGGACAGCAUCUUUGUGCACACCCCGGACGGACACCCCACGAUUGCAUUCCUCUACAACAGUCGGCUUCACCAAGAAGAGGCACGGCUCGCGGUGUAUCGCUUGACCAAGGACGAUGCCGGCAACAAUAUUUCCAAGUUUGAUCCCACCAAGGAUCGAACGUUUCAAGCAACAAUCGAAGACCACUACGCCAGGACUUUGAUCCCAGUUCGCAUCCCUGAUGAGAAAAGAUACCAGUCUCGGCAAAAAGCAGACGCGAAGCCGCUUCUAGGUGGUCUGUUGGUAGUCGGAGAGACGCUUCUGACAUACUUUGACAGCACGUAUUACAACAAGAUCUCGGUGGGACUGAGGGAGCCCAAGCUUUACGUGGCCUGGGAGCAAUACGACGAUAGGACAUUUAUACUGGCGGAUGAUUACGGUAGACUUGAUGUCUUGACACUCGACACCAUGAUUGAGCAGGCCGGCGAGGUCGUUCAGGGAAUGACUGUCACCAAGCUUCAGCUUUACUCGGAUGACGGCGAGACCGAGCCAUCCAGGGCAUCACAACUGGUAUACCUGGGCGACAACAAACUGUUCCUGGCAUCUCGCCAUGGCGACUGCCAGGUGCUGCUGCUAGAUCUUUCGCUCAAGAGAAUCCAGAUCAUCGACACCAUUCGCAACAACGCGCCGAUUCUCGACUUUGCGAUCAUGGAUAUGGGCAAUCGGGAAGGCAACAAUCUUGCUGGCAAUGCUUUCUCAUCAGGUCAGGCGCGCGUUGUUGCCGGCUGCGGCGCAUACAAGGACGGAUCACUGCGAAGUAUCCGCAGUGGUGUUGGGUUGGCAGAUACGGGCAUGUUGGACGAAAUCGAAGGCACGCGUGGAUUGCACACCCUCAGACUACAUGGCCCGGCCCCACACUCUGUUGUCUUGGUGUCGCUGCUGAACGAGACUCGUGUGUUCCGCUUCAGUGACGACGGCGAGAGCAUUGAGGAGGUGUUUGAGUUUGGUGGGUUCGCGCUCGAUGCCGAGACGCUUCUGGCGACGAGUCUUCCAAGCGGGCUCUUCUUGCAAGCGACUCCCAAUUUCGCGAGGCUGACCGAUGGAGAGAGUGGCAUGACUGUUGCACAGUGGGACACGCCAAACGGUCAAGCCAUCACGGCAGCUUCGGCCAACGACCACUGGCUACUCAUGUCGAUCGAGGGUACGGUACUCGUAUCGCUGGACCUCACAAAGAAUCUGGCGGCCAAACAAAAGGACACAUCACAGAAUGCCUCGGUUGGUAUACCUGAGCAAAUGUCGUGUCUUCACGCGAGCUCGUGUCUGACUGACAUUGGUGUUGUUGGUUGGUGGACAUCAGGCACAAUUUCUCUAGUGAGACUGGAUACGCUCGAGUCCAUUCGCGGCGAGUCGUUACGGCAGACCAGCGAUAGUGCCGCAGUGCCACGAGAUGUUGCCCUCGUCCAACUGCACCAGCCUGAUCUUUCGGGGCCAACGUUGCUUGUCGCUACCGAGGACGGUAACAUCAUCAGUUUCGCUGUCGGCGCCAACGGAUCGGAGCUGUCGGGUCGAAAGACUGUAACAUUGGGCAGCAGAGCAGCAAGACUGCACAUCCUACCACAAGACUCGGGAGUCUCCAACGUGUUUGCCACGACGGAUCAUCCUAGUCUCAUCUACAGCUCUGAUGGUCGUCUUGUGUACUCAGCAACGACAGCCGAUGAUGCGACUUUUGUGGCCCCCUUUGACUCGGCAGCAUUCCCCGAUCACAUCGUACUGUCCACAGAUCGUCACGUGCGGUUGAGCAGAAUCGACAAGCAGCGAUUGACGCAUGUGAAGCCCCUCACCGUGAGCCAGACGGUUCGCCGACUGGCUUAUUCACCAGGCUUAAAGGCCUUUGGGUUGGGCUGUAUCAAGAAGACGCUCGAGAACAACACAGAAAUCGCGAGCAGCUCCUUUCAACUUGUGGACGAGGUUGUCUUCAAGAAACUGGGGGACCCCUUUGAGCUGCAAAUGGCACACGAUGGAUUGGAGAUGGUAGAAUGCUUGAUUCGUGCUGAGCUACCAGACGCCAACGGCACCCCCGCUGAGAGGUUCAUCAUUGGCACCUCGGUCCUCACAGACAGUGACGACGUUGAGGGCGACGGUACACGAGGCCGUAUCAUCGUCAUUGGCGUGGACGAGGACCGUAAGCCUUACCAGCUUGUCAGUCUCAGACUCAGAGGCAACUGCCGCUGUCUCGGCGUGCUCGACGGAUACUUGAUAGCGGGCCUCAGCAAGACAUUGGUUGCCUUCAGCUACGAAGAACGCACCUCAGCCACCGCGUCUCUCGAGAAACUAGCUGCUUAUCGGCCAUCCUCGAUGCCUAUUGACCUCGAUAUAUCAGGAAACAUGAUUGGAGUUGGCGACUUGAAGCAGUCGCUUACUCUAGUGGAGUUCCAGUCACCGACAAACGAUUCCAAGGCUAAGCUCAUUGAGCGCGCCCGGGACUACCAGCCAAGUCAGACUACUGCGGUUUGUCAACUGGGUGGCGAUAGGUGGCUCGAGGCGGAUGCUUUGGGCAACCUUUUGGUGCUCCGGCGGAAUGCUGAAGCCCCUACAGAGCAAGAUCAGAAGAGGUUGGAGAUCACCAGCGAGAUGAACCUGGGCGAGCAGAUCAACCGCAUACGGAGCCUUCAAGUCGCCCCUACCGAGAACACCCUGGUACAAGCCAAGGCGUUCCUCGGGUCGGUUGAGGGUUCCAUGUGGCUAUUCGGUGAAGUGCAGCCCGGAUCGGAGAAGCUUUUGAUGGAUUUCCAGGACAGGCUAGUUCAGCACAUGGACACCCCCGGUGAACUUACGUUUGACGAUUGGCGCGCGUAUAGAGGCGAGCAUAGGACGGGCGAGAAGCCAUAUCGAUUCCUUGAUGGCGAGGUACUGGAAAGAUUUCUCGAUCUCAACGAGAGCCAGCAGGAAGUGAUUUGCGAAGGGCUAGGGCCAAGCGCGGAGGAGAUGCGCAAUUACGUGGAAGAGCUGAGGCUGCUUCACUGACUAUGAAUAAAUCAUGGCAGAUAAAUGUACAAACAUGAGGAUAUAGACGAUGUCACGAGCAAAUAAACACGACGAAUCAACAUGAUCUAAGCAGUGAGUCCUAUGUUUCCUUGACGUCGAGGACUCGAGACGUACGUUCAUUGUGGCGGCGGAAGAGAUCGGGACCCACUCCA